CUUCAAGUUGAAUUCAUCCGUACUUCGCAUUGCAAACAUGAAGAAAGAGAAAAACAAGUAACUAGACUUUACUAAAGUCCUUAUUUUAUAUACAGAACCAAUACAAAAAGUAAUUAUCUAAUUAGGUUAAUUUGAAAACAUAAGGGUUUCCGGUAUAAACCACAUCCUAUGAUUAGAUGCAGAAUGUUACAAAGUCUAAGGAAACUGAGCAGUUAGUAUUUGGCAGUUCACGAGCAUUGUGCUUGCAAUUUGUAUAAAUCGUAGAUUUUUAAAUAAUAUAAAAAUGGACGAACGUUGUCCAGUCUCUUUGAAGUUGUUAAUAGUUAUCGAGAACGACUACGUGGACCUGGCUAUAAAGAUUCUGAGAGAGAAUCAUCGAAAAUCCGUCUUUUUGGAAGCAGCCGGUGCGCUUCGGGUAACUGCCGUUCAACUGGCCAGUUGGCGAGGUCGGUUAAAUUUGCUGGAACUCCUCUACGAGAAAGGUGCGGACAUCAAUAUUUCUGACAAACUCGGUAGAACCGCGUUGUAUUACGCGAUUCACCACAGCAACGUCGAGAUAGUCAAGUGGCUCCUCGAGCAUGGCGCCAAUGUCAACAGUAAAGUCGGCAUCAAUUCCUGGCCGAAGGAUAUGCCUUACGCUACAAACAUGACCAUGGAACCAGACUGUCCGAUUGGCCGAAACCUGCCGUUACCUGAAUGCUGGGGCAGAACGCCUUUACAUCAGGCUGUGCGAGCUAAUGAGCCGGAAAUCGUAAGAAUGUUGGUUAAUGCAGGAGCGAUGGUCGAUGCGCAGGAUGAACAGGGUGUGACGCCGCUUCUUCUGGCGGGGGCCAAUCUUGAUUGCAGUAACAAAGAGGAGAUGAUGAAGUUUGAUGAGGUGGUAGAAAUUUUAGCAUCGGCCAAUGCUUCCGUCAAUGUCGUCCAUCCGGAUACUGGAACAACUGUACUGCACCAUGCAUCUAUGCUAGGCAGUAAAACAGCUAUAAAGAGGCUACUGGAAGCUGGUGCAUGGCCUCUUUUUCAGUGCAUCGGUACAGGAAGCACUGCACUACACAUUGCCGCCGGUGAGGGUCACCUGGAGACCUUACAAGUUCUCCUCGAGGCAGUGGAUCCUGUCUGCGUAAACAUCCGGGACGAGGUAGGUCGUACUCCGUUGCACAAGGCGGCUUACCAAGAUCAUCAGGAAUGUGUCCGGAUGCUCGUGGACUACGGGGGGAAUCUCGCUGCGGAAACGAAAACUGGCGUGACCGUAAUCGACGCCAUGCUCGCCCACGUGCGUGCUCCUCUGCCCUUGUUGACUGAGGUCCUUGAUUCCUGUGUCCGAACGUCAUGCGGCUCCGCUACUGAAAAGGGUCGCAACAUAACUGUAGACUUUCACGUACUGGCGCCUGUUGGAAAUUUGCAGAUGAGUGUAGUUUGUGCAUUAAUCGCAUCCAUUUCGGAAAUCGAACAACUGACCAUCCUGCAGCAUCCGUUAGUCGAAGCAUUUCUUAGUCUCAAAUGGUCCAAGCUACGAGUCUUCUUUUUUCUUUUUGUUUUGGUAUACAUGUGCUUUGUGCUUCUACUGUCUGGCUAUGGUAUGAUUCUCAUAGAGAUGAACAUAAAGUACUCAGUGCCAACUGGCCUCCUGAUGGUGUGUUCCUGCUUUUUGCUGGGGCACAACGCGGUUCAAGUAUUAAUGGCACCCAAACAUUACUUGAGACAAUUUGAGACCUGGAUAUCCGCAACGUGUGCCAUCAUAGCUCUAAUCAUCUCAACAACCAGGAUCGAUGCGCAUGAAUCGAAUCAAGAUGCAUCGAAUCGAAUUGAAUCGGGAGAGGAAAGGAAGGAUAUAGCAGAGCCGUGGGUUUUGCACUCGGUCAGCCUUGCAAUUUUACUCGCCUGGAUGCAAAUGAUGCUCUUUAUCGGCCGAUUUCCAACCUGGGGAUAUUACGCGCUCAUGUUCUCCACCGUGCUCAAGAACGUGUUAAAGGUGCUUCUCGCGUUCAUCUGCCUGAUUUUUGGAUUCGCGUUAAGCUUCGCCGUUUUGUUUCACGAGAACGACCAGUUUGAUGACCUGUGGAAGGCCGUCGUCAAGACCGUCGUAAUGAUGAUGGGCGAGUACGAGUACGGGGAUCUGUUCGCAUCCGAUCAAGAGAAAAAAUCACUUCUGCCAAUCACUGGUAGAAUCGUAUUCGUCCUUUUCAUUAUGCUGGCCAGCAUCGUUCUCAUGAAUCUGAUGAUCGGUCUGGCAGUCAGCGAUAUUCAAGGACUCCAGAAAGAGGGACACAUUCGCCGCCUCCUGAAACAGGCAGAAUUCGUCGCGCAUCUUGAGAGAAUUACGUCUCAUCCACUAUUCCGCAAUAAAUGGGUACAUAGGAAAUUACAAGCCUUUCUGGACUCCCGGCAGUCGAUUCCUACCAGGAUAGAACUGCCUGCCGACGGAACGUACAAUCGUAACACUCACGAAAUUCACAACGAUCUUGUAGAAGCCCUCUUCACUCUCGCAUCGAAUAAUCAAUCAGUUGCUGAGUCAGUCGCCAAGACGGACGGCAGUGUAUCUAGGAUCCUGAUGAAUAUCGAGGAUCAACUACAUGAGUUACGAAAACAAAUUCACCCCAACGUGGCGUCCCGACGCAUCUCGCGUCUGCUCGUCAACCGAAGAGUUUCGAAGCACACGAGGAGCGUGAUAGUCUGAGUCUUUAUAGAAUGAA